AUGAGAAAGACUGAGGAACUUACAGCCAACUACACCAGAGUUAGAGAACAACUGUCCUUUUAUGAAGCAUUUACAGCUCAGUCUUUGAACUGUGACAUGAGCUGGACAACUUUUAAUGGAAAUGUGUACUUCUUCAGCUGUAAUGAACUGAGCUGGUCAAGCAGUCGUGCUUUCUGUGUUUCAAAAGGAGCUGAUCUGGUCACCAUAACCAGCCUAACAGAACAGAACUUUCUGGUUUCUAAAAUUAAAGCAUGGCACUGGAUUGGUCUCAAUGAUCUGAAAACUGAAGGACACUGGGUUUGGGUGAAUAACCAAACUCUCAAUGAAUCUGGAGUACAGUUUUGGCACAAGAGAGAAUCUGGGAAAAGUGAACCUGAUAACUGGAAAGAAGAGGAUCUUACUGGAAAAAACUGUGCAAUUAUGAAAAAUGAUUUCAACUAUUUAGAAAGUUGGUUUGAUGUUUCUUGCAAUUAUCGGAUGAAGUUUAUCUGUGAAAAGAAAUAUUAA